AUGGCAGGCUUCUACUCGCCAUUGGACCAGGCGUCGAUGACGGUGCUCAGCUUUGACGAGCUCGGUGCCACGUUCUGGACCACGUACUUCCCCGGGGUGAAGACGCACGCGAGUGUCGAGCUCGGUGGCCUCUUUGCCGCCCUCGCCGUCUCGCUCGAGACCGAGAUGACGAGCGGGGACAAGCGGGCGCUGGGUCUCAUUCUUGACCCGCAUGGCUCGGGCUCGACUUCGAUUAACGACUUUGCCUGUCUCCUCCGUUGGUUCGGUCCCUUUCCCAAGCUCAUCGCCUCGCUCCGCGGCCUGCUCACCGAUGACUACGGCGCCUCCUUCUUCUUUGGCCACCUGCCGGGGCCAGAAGCCCUUGGCCUCGUGGCUGCCAGCCAGCCUGGUACCUUUCUUGUUCGUUUCUCACAAUCGGAUGCCUACCAUGGCGGCCUGGCGGUGACCGUCGUCGGCGCAGAUCGCAACGUCCGCCACUGGAAGGGCAUCCGCGCCGUCCCCGGUGUCGGCAUUGUCUCGGUCGACCCGGCCACAAACUCCCCGAUUGUUUACGCCACCCUCAUCGAGUUUGUCAGAAAGGGCCUUGCCGCCAUGGCUGCCCCGCUGGAGCUCCACCCGGCUCCCGGCUCACCCUUUGUCGACAUCUACCGCUCUCUGCCCGCUUCGCCACCGCCGCCCGUUCCUCCCAGCGUCGUUUACCACUCAUCGCUCGACGAGGCCUUCAGCUCACUGCCGACACAAAGCUCGCCUGCAUCGCGCUCUACUGUGGAGCCGGUCCGCAGUCCGAGCACCAGCUCGUGGGCGCCGCCAACACCACCCACUACCUCGCCAUCGCCGCCGGCCCAACCCGUGCCCCCAUCCACUAGCCCGACCGAUGGAUACACCGGGUGGGCACCGGGUAGCACAGCACCGGUCGCUUCCUCAGAUCCGCCGCCGCGCCGGCGCUCUGUCUCACCGUUUGUUGCCCCGGCGAACAACUCCGAACCGUCACCGUUUGCCACCCCCCGGAGCCGCGGCCCAUCGCCGCUUGCAACUGCUGCAGAAGCAUCGGGCUAUGCCAAGCUUCCGCCGCUCUCGCGCAUCUCGCCGCCGCCCGAGUACGGCUCGUGGUCACCGCCGGGCGCAUUCAGCUCGCCGCCGGUGGUGGCCGGCCAAUCAGCCAGCGGCGACGGCUACGAGCAUGACAUUUCUGCCAGCUCUAUGGUGCCUUUGCCUGCGCCCGGCGUCUCGGCAUACGACGCGUACCAGCGAUACACACCGUCGGCCGCGCCCGGCUCGAUCCCGGUUGUCGGCGGCGUGCUCCACUUUCCAGGAGCAGGCGGGAGCCAGCCGCAGCCGAUCCAGCGCCAGCCCAAGUCGCCGCACUACGACAUACCACAGGACCUUGGUCCCGUCGCGCCGCCGGUCCUCUCGACCUCGCCGGUCAGACCAAGCUUUGCCGACAUGCAGGCAAACCGCCAAGUCGAGCAAGCAGCGCUACCGCAGUCCAAGGAGACAACGCUCACCUCACGGCGCAAGGCUCGCAAGGACCGCUUCGCCGUCCUCCCCACCCUUGCGCUCGAGCCUGCAGGUAGCGCAGAUGCAUCAUCGAGCUCAGCCGCACACACCGCGGUCGAUGUGUACAGCUGGCGGCUGGGCGGUCACAGCAGCGGUAACUCGCCCAAGCCGAGCCGCAUCCAUCUGCCGGGCGCCGCCGCCCAGCACCCGUCUUGGCUGGCUGCCGGCCAGGGUCACACUGUUGUGCUCACCGGGACCGAGACGGGCUGGGGCUGGGGCUCAAACAGCUACGGGCAGGCAUGUAUCGCUGGUCCGCGCACCGACUUUGCUGAAGCGCCGCUCCCGCUAGAGACUGCAGGCGCGCUGGAUGAUGGCGAAGUCAUUGUUGCCGCCGAUGCCGGUGACGCGCACACGAUGCUUCUCACCUCGCGCGGCCGGGCGCUCGCUGUCGGCCACGGCGCUGAUGGUCGUCUUGGCACCGGCUCCAACAAGCUGGCCCGCAAGCCAACGCCUGUCGCUGCGCCUACCGCUGACAUUGCUGCUGUUGCCGCCGCCGGUGGGUGCUCGGGCGCGCUCACUAGCUCGGGCACUGCCCUGGUGUGGGGCGACAAUCGCUACGGCCAGCUUGGGCUUGGCGCCGACGUGCCGACCGCCGUGGGCGCGCCGACGACGCCACCGGGUCUCGAGAGCGUCAAGGUUGUCAAGCUCUGCUUUGGGCGGACGCACGCAAUGUUUCUCAGCAGUGACGGCUCACUCUGGGUGGCUGGCACCGGCUACUCGGGCCAGCUCGGUCUCGGCACCCAUCGCCGCGCAGAUGUGCCGAUCCAGGUCCCGGCAACCGCCUUUGCGUCCACCGCCGGCGAUCGCACCGAGCUUGUCGACAUUGCUGCCGGUGACGGCCACGCGCUCGCGCUCACGGUCGACGGACGCGUCUUUGUCUGGGGCACGGGCUCGGGCCUCGACGGCGUGGCCGCACCGACAUCGCCAGCCUUGUAUGCGCCGGCGGCGCUCGACGGCGUCCGGGUCCUGAGCAUUGCUGCCAAGUUUGGCACCUCACUUUUGGUCACUGAUGCUGGCGUUUGGAACGGGCGCCAGCUGCUGUUUGCGUCGCCGUCUACGGUGGUGCUGUCGGUGGCGGUGAGCGAGGAGGUUGCUGUCGCGCUUGUGACGCAGCUGCAGAUUGCGGCGAGUGCAGGGGCUUCAUCAACGAGCGCGGGCCUGCUCCCUGACGCCGAGUCGUACUGGGCGACCGGCGAGCUGCCUUGCAGUACUUGCUUGGCCGAGCUUGCGCGAGGCGGCGCGGUCUUUGCUGACGCAAACCCAGCAAGCGCCGAGUACGCACUGGUGGUGGAUCUUGCGAGCGACAAGGAGCUGCUGGCACUCGGGCGUGCCGCCAAGCGCGCGCACCAUGCAUCAGUCUCGGCGUCGUCGGCGGUCGCACUGCGCAAGGUUGCCCGCGAGACCGUGCGCCGGCUAGCGCUGAUGGCGUCGGACGCACUCGGCGGAGCCGAGCUCUCCGGAGCCCAGACGCCUGGCGCUGGCCUCUGCGGCCAGGUCCUGCUUGGCUCACUGAAGACCGGCGGGAUGCGUGCGCGGACUCUGCUGUUCAAGGUGCUGGCCGACUUUGCAGGCGUGCCGUGUGCCCUCCUCCGCGGUGUCGGCGAGCAAUGUUGGAACGUGGCGUCGCUUCCAGGCGGCGACGUCGUUGUUGACGUCCUUGUCGACGUUGCCUCGAUAUACCCGGUCGGCUCGAGCGAGGCGACAGCAUACUGUGUGGGUGAGAUGCGCGAGUUCCACGCGGCUUUGCGGGCGUCACGGACUGGGCCGGCGCCCGCGCAUCUCGGCUUUGACGUCAGCUCCGUGACGAUGCGAGUCCCGGUGGGCCGCGGCGGGUUUGGUCUCGUCGAGCGCGGGGUGUGGCGUGGCAUGGCAGUAGCCAUCAAGACGCUCGACGCAUCGCUGGCUUCGGAUCCGCAUGCUGCGGCCGAGUUUGAGGACGAAGUCUGGCUGCUCUCGCAGGCGCAGCACCCCAAUGUGGUGCGGUUUGUGGGCGCGUGCGCCGAGCGGCUGGUUCUGGUCACCGAGUUUUGCGGCCGCGGCUCGCUCUGGGACGUGCUCCACGAGCAGCCGAUAUCGCUCUCGUGGGGCUACCGCCUGUUGUUUGCCGCUGGCGCCGCUGCCGGCAUCCUCUACCUCCACGACCAUGCCUCGCCGCGGAUCAUCCACCGCGACGUCAAGUCGCUCAACCUUCUCGUCACCGACAAGUGGUGCAUCAAAGUCGCCGACUUUGGCCUGGCGCGAGUCAAGACCCGCCACGCCGUCCUCACAGGGCGGCGCAUCGGCUCGUUCCAGUGGAUGGCGCCCGAGCUAUUUGAGGCAGGCACGCCCUACACCGAGGCUGUCGACGUCUACGGCUUUGGUGUCGUGCUGUGGGAGCUCGCCACACGGCACAUCCCGUUUGAGGGCCUCGCUCCCAUCGACGCUAUUGAGCUCAUCGUCUCGGGCGCCCGUCCGCCCCUCGACCCGCAGGCCUCGGCCUACUGGCCGCCGGGCCUUGCUGACCUCAUCGCCCUCUGCUGGCACCCGGAUCCGGCGUCGCGUCCGCGCAUGGCUGUCGUCUUUACCGAGCUCCAGCGAAUUCGCGAGGCCAUCCAGUCGCGACCCGACACACUCUGACCAUAGCUGCUGUCAUAACACACGCCCUUCACCGACC